GCAGACAACGGCGUUGGGUAGACGGGAAAAGCGGAAAACUUGCAAAGACCUGUUGCUGUUCGCCAGGACAGAGUAUCUUUCUAUACCCCUUGCUUCUCCUUAGGAUGUAUUUUGCUUCUCUCUGUCAGUCUUUGACCGCGGGGCCAUCCACUGCCUGUUAUGGAGGAGGUCUUUCGUGUGAGACUGAAUUGCAUCGACCACUACCAGGCGACGCCGACCAAACAUGAUCCCAUACUUCACAACGAUGUUCGCGCUUCCCAGAUAUCCAAGGAACCAAAGGUCCCCGUUAUUCGGGUCUUUGGGUCCACCGAGACGGGCCAGAAAGUGUGUGCCCAUAUCCACGGAGCCUUUCCGUAUCUCUUCAUCGAGUACACAGGCAAGCUGGCUUCGGAUCAAGUCGUAGCUUACAUCUAUCAACUUCAUCUGUCAAUUGACCGUGCCCUUGCUGUUAGCUAUCGGCGAGAUGUCUAUAGAGAGCAUCCUAAAUUUGUCGCGCGUAUAACCCUGGUGAAGGCCAUUCCAUUCUAUGGCUUUCAUGUUGGUUACCGAUUCUUCCUCAAGAUCUACAUGCUCAACCCGAUCGUCAUGACACGACUGGCAGACCUUCUUCAGCAGGGACUGAUCAUGAGUCGGAAGUUCCAACCAUACGAGGCGCAUCUGCAGUACCUCCUGCAGUUCAUGACCGAUUACAACCUGUACGGCUGUACCUAUAUUGAGGCAUGCAGGGUGUCGUUCAGAGCACCUGUGCCAAACCAUGAGGAAGGCGAAGAUCCAUUUCACACCUGGCAUAGCCAGUCCAUUUCGCCGAGCAGCAUUACGGAUGACCCCGCCCUUCCUCGCGCCAGCCACUGCCCCAUCGAGGUGGAUAUCUGCGUUCAAGAUAUCUUGAACAGGAAUGCCGUCAAGGAGAGACCUCUCCACCAUGACUUCGUGGAAAGGGUUCACCCUCUACCCACAGACAUGAAGCUCGUCCACAGCAUGGCUGGAUUGUGGAAAGAUGAGACGAAACGCCGAAAGCGACUGAUGCCCAAUCCAGCCCCUGGAAGCAGCCCAUUCCCGCCCGAGGCACUGAUAUCAAUGUCUAUUGGUCCUCGGGACUCUCAGCCUGCCGGCUGGAUCCACGAGGAUGAGUACAGAGAAGAAGUUCAGGGCUUAAUCGCUGAGGAGGAGCACGCAAUGGAUGGGGCAACCUUGACGUACGAAACAUUUGUUCAACAAGAGCCGAUGGCCGCCGUGGUAAAGACAGUCCUACAGUCAGUCGAGGACCUGUUCCCCGAGAACCUGUUGCCAGCCCUCGACCUGGCGGAGCAAUACCCAGAAGCCGAUCAGGACGUGAGCAGCAGUAUCAUUGUUGACGAAAAGGGGAUCCUCGAGUUCGACAGUGACCAAGAAGACGGCGGCCUAUUUCCUGAGGAUUCUGACGAGGAUCUCGUUAUUGGGGUCGUUAAAGGAGCAGUGCUCAAGGACAAGGGGGGGAAGCCUAAAAUCUCUGGCGACCACAAGCGCUCCGAUUCGUCGAGGGGGUUUAUCUCGAGCUCUGAAAGCGUCUCCGUUUCGCGCGAUGGAGCACGACGAGCAGUAAAUGGGCUCACGCUUGGAAUCAACUCAAGUGGCACCCGUUUAGGAUAUCCGCCCCAUAUCCCUAUCUGCCCCGAACUUGUCGCUGAGGCCGAGGCAGAGGGCCUCAUUAGUAAACAUCCCCGGACCAGCCAACCAAAGAGGGUCGCGAAGACAUCCCACAAACGACUUCGGGAGACUUCGGAGGAACGCAAAGGGGCCAAAAGAUCCAGGUUAGGCCAGCCUGGCGAACUUGACGGGUUGGCCCUCGCCUCUAAACGACACGAAACCGAUACGAUGCAACGACCUGUGGAAUCGAAGCUCGAUGACGACAAAGCCAAAACUUCUUCGUCGCAGCAAAGAGGACCGCCUGCAAAGGAGGAUUCCGCGAAACGACUCGGUGCCCAGACUCUCAAAUUUGCUGUUGUUAAAGACCCAGAUGACCCGAGUACCAGGCUGCGUCUUAGCCAACAGGCCAGUGCCAGCUCUCAACGAAGCGAAGCCAGUGUGCCUAAGAAGCACGUUACCUUUGACACGUUCCUGAGAGAUUCGGAGAGUUGGUUGCCUGGAAGCUCUGCUUCGAAAGAGCCUUGGAGCUUGCAGUCAGUCUCGUUCCCACAUUCUGCGAUCUCAGACGGGUCUGCGCCUACCAGGCUUAGAUGGGAUUCCACCAGAAUCAUGUUUUCGAUCGGCAUUGCUCCGCCAGCGGCAGCGGAGGUAGUGUCAACGCUGCAAGAGAAUGGCCUCCCCGACGUUAUUUACCAGGACGCUUUCUAUAGCAGCGAGAAGGAUGUCCCUCCUCGCACAAGAGAGUAUGCAGGACGAGAGUUCCGGCUUGAGAGCAAUACGGUACCGUAUCUCCCUGAGUUCGAUGCCACGGGCAAGUCUCCUACGACAGCCGGAAUGAAGUCAGACCUUGGCGCCGACCGGGCGAGGGCAGAUAUCGAGACUGCCAGACAGCGCAGGCAAUGCGCUUUGAAGAGUUGGGAAAUUGCAGAGCCGCCGCCCUCAUUCGAGGAAGUCGACGACUGGUGGCAGAAAAAGCAGAAGGCCCGAACAACGGGCCAAAGUCUCAAGAAAACCCCGCGAGCUACCCAAGAAGCCAAGUCUUUCCAGUCCCAGAUUGAUGGGCCAACGCCUCGGAACAAACACGGCUUCAAAUACUCGCAGAAGAAAAAAUACUCAAGUGUGCAACAUGAAGCGCAAUACAUGAGCACGAUGAGCUUGGAACUGCAUGUCAAUACCAGAGGAAAGUUGGUGCCAAAUCCAGAAGAAGACGAGGUUCAGUGCAUCUUUUGGUGCGUUAAGUCAGAUGAGGACUUCGGCCAUGCCACCCAAACACUGGACAGCACUCGAUCAGGCGUCAUUGUUCUUUCGGAAGAUGGCGAUUUGGCGCAAAGGGUCCGCCGUCAGGUUCCUGCUGGUGUCCUGGAAGAAACCUCCGAAUUAGACUUGAUGGUGAGGAUGGUGGAGAUCGUGCGAAGCCAUGACCCAGACAUCCUUACAGGGUACGAGGUCCAUGGCGGCUCGUGGGGGUACCUGAUCGAGCGAGCUCGGUUGAAGUACGACUAUAACCUAUGCGACGAAUUCUCUCGCAUGAAGUCACAAUCCCACGGCAGGUUUGGCAAGGACGCUGAUCGAUGGGGGUUCAAUACAACUUCGACGAUCCGAGUCACGGGAAGACACAUGAUCAACAUUUGGAGAGCAAUGCGAGGAGAGCUGAACCUGCUUCAAUACACCAUGGAGAACGUGGCCUGGCACUUGCUCCAUCGCCGCAUCCCUCACUACUCGUGGAGGACAUUGACCGACUGGUACAACAGCGGCCGCGACCGAGAUCUAGGAAAGGUUCUUAGCUAUUAUCUCAUCAGGACCCGUCUUGAUAUUGAGAUUUUGGAGACGAACGAGCUCAUUCCUCGAACCAGUGAGCAGGCACGCUUGCUCGGUGUGGACUUCUUCUCAGUAUUCUCUCGAGGGUCCCAGUUUAAGGUCGAGUCGAUCAUGUUCCGGAUUGCGAAGCCCGAGAACUUCCUUCUGGUAUCGCCGAGCCGGAAGCAGGUGGGCGGUCAAAAUGCUUUGGAAUGCCUGCCACUUGUCAUGGAGCCCCAGAGCGCCUUCUAUAGCAGCCCUCUCCUGGUUCUUGACUUUCAGAGCCUGUAUCCCAGCGUCAUGAUUGCGUACAAUUACUGCUACUCGACCUUCCUCGGGCGAAUUGUCAACUGGCGCGGGAUGAACAAAAUGGGAUUCACCGAGUACAAGAGACAUCGGGGUCUGCUCCAGCUCCUGAAAGACCAUAUUAAUAUCGCGCCGAACGGGAUGAUGUACGUCAAGCCGGAGAUCCGGAAAUCACUUCUCGCCAAGAUGCUUGCUGAAAUUCUUGAGACGAGAGUCAUGGUCAAGAGCGGCAUGAAGCAGGACAAGGACGACAGGAUGUUGCAACAGCUGCUCAACAACAGGCAGUUGGCACUCAAACUACUCGCGAACGUCACGUACGGCUACACGUCGGCUUCUUUCUCCGGCCGGAUGCCGUGCUCGGAGAUCGCCGACAGCAUCGUGCAGACCGGGCGCGAGACUCUGGAAAGAGCCAUAGCCUUCAUCCAUUCGGUAGACCGGUGGGGUGCUGAGGUUGUCUACGGGGACACCGACAGCCUGUUCGUCUACCUGAAGGGAAGGACCAGGGAUCAGGCCUUCGAGAUCGGCAAUGAGAUUGCCAAGGAAAUCACCAACAUGAACCCGCGCCCGAUCAAACUGAAGUUCGAGAAGGUAUACCACCCAUGUGUCUUGCUUGCGAAGAAGCGGUACGUUGGGUAUAAAUAUGAGAGCAAGGACCAGGUCACGCCGGAAUUUGACGCGAAAGGCAUCGAGACUGUCCGUCGUGACGGCACGCCGGCGGAACAGAAGAUCGAGGAAAAGGCUCUCAAGAUCCUCUUCGAGUCGGCCGACCUCAGCCAGGUAAAGGCCUACUUCCAGGCGCAGUGCGGCAAGAUAAUGCGAGGGGCAGUCUCCAUACAAGACUUCUGCUUUGCCAAGGAAGUCCGGCUGGGGUCCUACAGCGACAAGGGUCCACCGCCGCCAGGAGCGCUCAUCAGUACUAAGCGCAUGCUCGAGGACGCCCGGGCUGAGCCGCAGUAUGGCGAGCGGGUGCCGUACGUGGUGAUCACCGGUGCGCCCGGAGCGCGACUGAUCGAUCGUUGCGUCGCGCCAGAGGAUCUCCUUGACAACCCCCACUGCACGCUGGACGCCGAAUACUACAUCUCCAAGAACCUAAUCCCGCCGCUCGAGCGCAUCUUCAAUCUCGUCGGUGCCAACGUCCGUCAGUGGUACGACGAGAUGCCCAAGGUCCAGCGGAUCCGGCGAGUCGACGCAUCGUCGCUCGGGGCAAAGAAGACUCUUGAGGCGUACCUCAAGUCGGCAUCGUGCGUCGUAUGUGGAGUGAAGAUGAAGGGCGAGGGUACCGUCUGCUCACGCUGCAGGCGUGACGCGUCCCUCUCGAUGGUGCAGUUACAGACACGGAUAAACGCAGAGGAGAGGAAGUUCGCCGACGUCGUCAAGGUCUGCCAGACCUGCGCGGCCUUUGCGCCCGUGGACCAUGUUCCGUGUGAUAGCAAGGACUGCCCGGUUUUCUACACGAGGGCCAAGCAGGCUACUCGGCUGAGGACUGAAAAGGGAUUUCUCGAGCCCGUCAUAAAACAACUGGCAGAGCUGGGAUUGGGUCACAAGGCUUUGGAUUGGUAGUUAUUGGUUGCAUAGCAGGGCGGAAUGGCGUUAAAAGGGGAUUGUAUAGCCUGUAAUUCCAGAAUGUUGUGUUUACAAGUGUUUGCAAGAGACAGUCGUUGACCCUAACCCUAGCCAGGGGCAACCUACCUACCUACCUAACGGCCCGGUGGUUGGAGGUCGGAACGGGGAGAUAUAGUUCCGCG